AUGGUUUUUCUGGUGGUGGCGCAGUGCACAGCUAUGCUGUCCAAGAGUCAGUUGCAGUCGGUGCUGGUCUUCGGACCCAAGAAGACAGCCAACAGCCUUGGUGCACUGCAAACUGGAAACAGGCUCAUCAAGGUGAACAGACAUGCCCUGGAGAUGAUCGAGCCGCACACUCCUCAGUGCUGCUGGUCCACCUCCAAAAAUCUGGUGGCUUAUCACCAGAAGUAUGCAGAUGAGUCUUCUAGGGAGAUCAAAGAUAACCUCAUCCAGUAUGAUCAGACCCUGCUUGUAGCUGAUCCUUGUCGCUGUGAGUCCCAAAAGUUCAGAGGUCCUUGA